CAGAGCGGGUGUCUCUGAGCGAAGCAACCAGAAUGAGUCAAAUUGUGAACCAUACCGCACGUAUCUGUAACAAAGCUCCAGUGGUCAUUUCUGCACAGAAACGGUGAACUUCAGAAGUACCAAGGUCCGUAUCUAGCAUUCUUGAAGCCCACAAAACCCAGGGCUCUGACAAGGAGAGGCACAGAUAGGGAGACGGUGGGUGAAGGUGGUAGCUGAAGACAUGGUAUCUGUGCAUGCAGGUAGAAUGGGAGCAAGGCAGAUGAGCCUGUGAAGAGACAGACCCUGCUGUGUAAACCCACAUCACACCCAGCCACCGGACCCCAGAGACAUGGCGUUCACCUUGUCUGAGAUAAUGGCUGCAAGGCGGCAACAGCAUGGCGGUAGAGUGGCAGUCGACGUGGAUGAGCACAGUGCCAAUCCAACCCAGGCCUUUACCUUUUAUAACAUCAACCAGGGUCGAUUCCAGCCACCACACGUACAUAUGGUGGAUCCAUUACCCCAUGAUGCCCCGAAGCCUCCUGGGUACACCCGGUUUGUCUGUAUUUCGGACACGCACUCCAGGACAGAUGCCAUUCAGAUGCCAUAUGGAGAUGUCUUCAUCCACGCUGGAGACUUCACCGAGCUGGGCCUGCCCAGUGAAGUCAAGAAGUUCAAUGACUGGCUGGGUACAUUACCGUACGAAUAUAAAAUAGUCAUUGCUGGUAACCAUGAGCUGACAUUUGACCAGGAGUUCAUGGCAGACUUGAUCAAGCAAGACUUUUACUAUUUCCCUUCAGCGUCAAAACUGAAGCCAGAGAACUAUGAAAACGUUCAGUCCUUGCUUACACACUGCAUAUACCUUCAAGACUCGGAGGUGACUGUGAGGGGCUUCAGGAUAUAUGGGUCCCCGUGGCAGCCUUGGUAUUGUGGGUGGGGCUUUAAUCUUCCCCGGGGACAAGCCCUUUUGGACAAGUGGAACCAAAUCCCUGAUGGCACAGAUAUUCUUGUAACACACGGACCACCACUGGGUUUCCUGGACUGGGUUCCCAAAAAAAUGCAGAGGGUAGGCUGUAUGGAGUUGUUGAAUACUGUACAGAAACGAGUACAACCAAAACUUCACGUUUUUGGGCACAUUCAUGAAGGUUAUGGGGCAAUGACUGAUGGGGCUACAACUUACGUGAAUGCAUCAGCGUGCACUGUGAACUUUCAACCCAUGAACCCACCAAUAGUGUUCGACAUGCCCACCCCAAGAAGCACAUGAUAAUAAAAGCACCUUUUUCUUUUUUUUUUUAUUUACCUUAUUGAAAAGAAGAAACUAUGUUGACCCUCCAAUCUGGAUUUAUAUUUUGUUGCUUGAAUAAUAGUAUAAUAUAAUAAUUGUGUCAGUAUGACAUUGGCCAUACGUUUAGUGCUACAUGAUAAUGAAAGGUAUAUUGGUCUUCAAAAAUCGGGAUUUUGCCAGCACCUCAAAAAAAGUAACUGGGCUUUAAAUAUGUUGGUAAUGUUACUGUGAAAGUAUAUGGAACAUUUUAUGACACGUGUUUUGUAAACUAAUCCAUAUGUAAGGUCCAAAGACAAAUUACUUCUUAUGGCUGUCUUAAGUGGUUUUCAAAACUGGAGCCGCUAUGUCUAAAACAUGGGACCAUGUUUUGACAAACAAUGGAUGUGUACAACAUUUCUUAAACAAUCUUUUCAACUAUAAGGUUCAGUUUAAUAAACAUUAAGCUUUGCAGUAACUGUGUAAAACAUCAUAUGGAAACCUGUAACUUUAUUGGACAAUAAAGUUACCUUUGAGACCCCACCCCUGGGGUAUAAAAGUAAGGACCCUCCAUUAACAAAGUGGAGAGCACUGAUGUCAAUCUUUAAUUAAAGAAUAAUGAACCCAAGAGAGAAUGAGUUUGGGACUUUCUUUUUAAAAGUAGAUGCUCCAUUGACAAAGUGGAACACUAAAACUAAACUGUAACCGACAAAGCGUUCUCUACCUCUUGAGUUUCAUUGCCUCUGCCCUGUCUUAGAUAACAAUCUCACAGACUCCUACUGGUGGUUGCCUUUGGAGAAAGCAGAGAUACAGGGACAACCUCGUCACUGUUACUGCUCCACUGUUACAGGACCUAAUCCUCAACCAACUUCUAAGGAACUGGUGUGAUGAGUAUAAACAGGUUAAAAUAGCAUUGCCAUAGACUGAGGUACUCCAAGAUGUUAAAUUGUUUGAUUUACCCUUUGAUUAUUUUCACUGUAACUACAUUCUGUAACUUUGUGAACUUCAUUACUGAUUCACUCCUCUAUUUAUCUAGCUUUACUUUACAAGGGUUAUUAUAAAUUGUUAUUAAUACAUGUUAUUAUUUUUUUAAAUAUAUUUUUAAUUAGAAACAUCUGCUGAGGAUAAGCCCCCGCCCCCGGACAGAAAUUUCAGAAAAUGACAUUCAAUUGCAUGGUUGGAUGGUGAUUAUUGGGGAGAUAUAGCACAAAUGGCAUAUAUACAUAAUAAAGCAGUUUAAAAUUAAAAAGAAGAACUUAAGGCAUUUUAAAAUCUUACUAUUAAAAGAUUGAUUGUGGGACCACAUAUCAAUCAAUCAAUCUUUAUUUUAUAUAGCGCCUUUCAUA